AUUCAACUAUGCCCUUGGUUUUAAGUGUGGUUCAACUUCAUUGUCGUCUAUUCAAUGAUAAAAAAAAUUUGGUCAGCUGAUGAAGAAAGUGCGUUUAAAAUUGGUGAAAAUGAGAUGACUGCUUGUAAAGGUGGUUUCUAAUGAUAGCCAAUGUUUACGUACACCUGUAUACCUAAGUAUGCCUUGAUAGACAAACGAAAGUGAAAAUUUCAAGUGUUUAUUUGUAUCAGCUGUAAAAAUGUCAAACAGUCAUCACAAAAGCUAUGGACAAGGAAAUGUCGCAAAUUUUAAGCUGAAUAACACAAAAACGAGCACUUUCCACUUGUGAAGUGCUGACCAGCACCUGCCUUAAGAUGUUGUAUGUAUUUAAUGUCGACACAGGAACCAUGAUCACUUUCGAUAUGAGCUUUGCUGUAGAAAGUGUAAGCUAUCUUCAAACGCAAAUAGAAAAAAUCUGCAAAAUAGCCGUGGAUAACCAAGUCUUAUUAGUUAGCGGUGGCGAAUCUUUAGACAGAAAUGCUCGUGUCUGCUCGUACUCGGCGGGAACGGAUACUAAUCCGAUCUACCUUUUCAGCAGAACUGAUAUCGAGUCCAAAAUUCCACCAACUCCUAGUGUCGAAAUUGGAUCCAACAUCGAUUUUACCGCAAAAGUUAAGGAAUCGCACGAUAUGCCUGCCACUUAUCAUACGGUCUGCCAAAGAACACAGUUAGCGCAACAGUUUCACGAGUCGGCCAAAGAAGAGUUGAAGAUUUGCCAAAAUUUGGUACACGAACAGCAUCUGCAACAGCAAGGGUGGGCUGCGGUUAUCGCAAAUCUAGAAGACAAUAUUUUAUCAUUUACUAAACGGUCCGAAAUAUUUCAGAAGGGUUUUGAAGAUUAUAUGAACGAACGUGAGACAUUUCUUAAAUUUUUACAGCAUUUUCACGAAGAUUUGAACAUCUUGGCCAAAAUACCCAUGUUACCUGUAUUAUUAUUAGGCGAAAACCAGUACGCAUGCAAAGACUCUCACAUGAGCUCUACGGCGUCAGAGGUAAAUCGAACGUGUGCGAAUUUGUUAGAUUGGAUCUCAUCAACAGAUAGUAAAAGUACAACUGAUCAGUUAUUCGAACACUGUUCGAGAGUUCUAGAACAGUAUGAUACAAAAAUUUUUAAUUCGUUACAUGCUGUACUAAAGAAUAUAUUUUUCGAAGCUAAUCAGGAUGAAAUGAAAGAUAUUAAGGGUUUGAGUGAUCGGCUCUGUGGUUUAGAACAGCUAAUGUUCGAAGCUAAACGAUAUGUUAAAGAGCAAGGUGAUUUAGCACAAUCUUUUAUUCAGAAUCAAAAUAGGGCGAGCAAUUUGGGAGAUACAUCAAUUUUACCGGAUUUGUGCGCGUCACACAGAAAACAACUAGUGGUUAUGCUUACAAAUCACCAACAUCUAUCGGAUAUCCGUCGUCGUUGUAUAAAGGCAAAGUCGGAGUUGGGCACAACCUUACAUCAUCGUCUCAAAUGGGUUAUGUAUAUGGAAAAUUUAAUGGUCAAAGUGGAUCAGCAGAUGAUCGUGUACCACGAGAGUCUUAGACGGAUGCGGACACAUUUAGAAAUUCUUCAACAAAUUCAUUUGGCACCAGCAACCUAUUUAUCUGCCGUUGCAGAGGUUGUGCGUAGGAGAGCGUUUUCUCAAGCCUUUUUGUCGUGGGGAUCCGAACUCGCUUGUUACCUAUUAACAAUACAUAACGACGAGUUAACACGAAGAAAGGAAUUCCAGUCUUCAUUUGAGAAUCAUUUUUUAAGUUCACUUUUUCCGGGCAUGGAAGAUUUACCUCCGUCUUUUGCAGUUGAAGCUCCAUCAAUUUUUGAUUCUAAUUUACCGCUGUUAAGUAUUGAAGAUCUUGAACAGUUAAAGCAAGAUUUGCCAGAGCUCGCCGAGAAUGUUGUGAUUCCUGACAUAGCAGCUAUAAACAAUCUAUUUUUAGUGAAGUCUAUCGUAAAAUCUGAUCUAGAUAAAAUGGAUACACGGGGAGUGGACGAAAAAAUUGUUCAGGUUGUGAAUGAAGUAGGACUUGGUUGUAAUUUAGAUCAGACUUUACUCAAACCAGCUGAAAGUGAACCAUUAAUGAUGCACGGUAUUCCCUACCUGAGAGAUCUUGAUAGGGGAUGCGAAUCGGAAACGGAUACCGAAGAGUUUGAGAAAGUGGGACAAAGUCCGUUAGAUUUACACUUUGAAAAAGAAAUUCCAUCACCUCGUCCUCGAACUCAAGACGCUUCGACAUUUAUGGAGGAUAAUCUUCAAACUUCACAAACCGAACGUGAUCGAUUAAAAGCUCUAAUGAUGAAAAUGUCCACUCUGUCAUGCGAUGCUUUAAAAUCACUGCGAACCGAAUUAAGAGAACUUAAAUCAUCUGUGAUGUCAAUAAAAAGUGAUAUUAGGUUUGACUGUGAAGGCUUAACGAGUUCGUGGGAAAAUUUGACUGCGGAAAUGGAAAUUAAAGAAAAAGAAAUGGUGGAGAAAAUUACAUUGACUCACGAGUUGGAAAUAAAUGCUUUUAAAAGAGAAAAAGAUGCCAAAGAAGAAGAACUUAAAAUUCUUAGUCAGGAACUCUUGAAUUUGAAAUGCUCUCUACAAAAUUCUUCCGAGGAAUUAACCAACUUGAAGACCACCGUUGAUCAUCUCAAAGAAGAACAUACAAAGGAAAGGGAUCGUUUUCAAGCGGAGUUGGAAGAAACUAAAUCGGACAAGGAGCAGAGCUUGCGGGAAAUGAAGGAAACUUUAAAUCGUGAACAUAAAGCAGAAAUUGAAAACAUCAGAACGAGAUUUCGACUAAUGCCAUUUUUAAAAAUGGACCGUAGCCCGUCUGAUCCAAAUUUGGAAAAACUGGAAAGGUUUGACACUAAAGAUUUAAACAAUCACGAAGCGAUUAUUUUGCAUUUAAAGGAAAAUUACGAAAUUGAAAAGGAAAAAGCGGUGCAGGAGGCGCUUAUUCAAGAGUCUCGCAAGUGGGACGAAAAAAUUGAAAAUCUGCGAAUUAAGUUCGAGAUAGAGAAAGAGAUUGCGCUUGAGGAAGUUACAAAAAGAUUACUGGAUGAGAAAGAGAAACAAAUUGAUCUUUUACGGGAACGGGAGGCUAAUCUUAAUCUCGAAUGUAUCAAAUAUAAAAACACAAUUCAGCAGUUGGCGGAUAGCGAAACCAGUAGUCAAAGUGCUGAAUUAAUUCGAAGGAUCGAAUCCUUGGAAAGACAAAAAAGUGAUUUAGAAUUACAGUUAGUUUUAAGUAAAUCGAAAAGGAACGAAGAGAGUACUUAUGAUUUGGCGUCAUCGGUCGCAGUGUGCGAAGGCAAAGUGAACGCCGCAACAAGUCCGAUUAAUCUUAAUGAGAAGCUGACGAAAAGUCAAAUUUCCUUCGUUAAAUCUAAUAAAUUAAGCAUAGAUUCGUGUCAAUCCGGUGACAUCGUACUAAUAUUGUGGGAUCCCGCGUACAGAAACUUUCGCAUAAUUCAAGAGAGCAGUCAUUUAUUCUUCCUCCAUUCGGAUUGUUUGGAAAUGUUCGGAUUGAAUAUCAGGUCGACAGAGAAUCGUAAGCUUUACUACAUGGGGGAGGUUAUUGAAAAAGAUUAUUGCCAUGCGAAGAAGGUUGGGAAUAGAUACAACGUCCCUAUAGGAACCAAGUUUUUUCGUGUGAAAGUGAAACCGAUUCCCAAUCUGAAAGAAGUAAGGGAAGGCGCGAAAGAAAAAUCACAAAUGUCUCAGAGUGAAAUAGCCGGACCUUCCACUUCUACAGAACCUAAUCUAGUUAAUACGGCUGUGAGUUGGUCUUCUCCUGCGACACCUGUGAAACAAUCGCCCGAUGAAGCUCGAAGUGACCACAACAAUACAAUGGAAGCGUCGACAAGUAAACGGUAGGCUUCGCUAUUAUUUUUAUCUACAUCUUUUCUGCUUUCAAAUAACAACAACCUACAUUAAUUGUAUAGAGUAUCUGUAACUUCAUGUGAUCAGCUAUGUAACAUUUAUAAAGAUUAGAAAGUAUGUAAAACCAGCAAAAACAUCUUACUUAAAUUUGUUUAAUUAUUGAAAAAUUGUUUAUUUUAUACAUUCACUUGUCCAUAUACAUUUAAGUGCUUUAUUCGAAAUUAUCAUGAUUUUAAUUGAUGACAAUGCCCCAUCACUCAUAACGCAAAGGUAGUUGUUUGGCAAUACCUGUGCAGGCGCCAAAACUGAGCGGUAUGCCUUCGGUGGUCCCCACACUUCAGUUCAAUAAAUAUAUUUAUUAUCAAAUAAAGUGGCAUAUGCAUGAUAAUUACAUUUUAAAUAUGUGCACUCUAUAUUCCAAAGCGAGUCAUGAGUCAUAACUCUCACUUGUUAGUCAAAACAAUGGAAUCAUAAGACAAAUGACCAAAUUUGCUUGUUUUGAGUAUGCCAUAUAGUUUUAAUUUGUGUAUUAAGUCACUAGAUUUCAUAACUCACUUUGGAAAAAUAGUUCUGAUGGAAGCUUAAGAUAUUUGUUACUUACCUGUGUAUACUUUUUUUAUUAUGGAUGUUUUUACUUCACUGCUUCAAUAGUUUAUGAUGUGAUUUUGUUAUAUUUUAUUUAUUUAUUAUCACUGUCUCUACCUAUUGAAAAUAAAAAAUAAUUGACUAUCUGACCGUCUGUUCCUUUAGAGUUGAUAACGUGAAAUUAUUACGCAACAAUAUUGCCAUGUUCAUUUGGUUGGAAAGUUUGAAUCUUGUUUAGUAGUUAUCAUUGUACAAUUUAGACUGCUAAAGGAACACAUUGUAGACACGUUAAGUUAAUUGUACGUAUUACUUUUAGUAACGGUUGUGAAUAGCCCUUAUUGUCCUACAUGUCUCUAAUCUGUGGUACAUUGCUGCUUACGUUUACCUUUACCACUUACUAAGAAUUCGCACUUGUGUAAAUUAAAACAAAUUCAGUAGAUUAAACAGUAAUAAAACAGUACCUAUAUCUACAUGAUAAUAUUUAUAAAAGUGCUAGGGCAUAGUACAUUUAACAGUUUUUGUGGUAGAUUGUUAUUGCCUUAUUAAAUAUUACAAAUCAAAAAUGAAGCUGUUUUGUCUUAAAUCGUAGAUUUGAGCUUGUAGUAUAGUAUACAUUAUACUUUCGAAAACGUGGAACGUGUGGUAUGCGGCAAUUAAAUUUAUGUAAUUGUUGUUGGGUAACUUAUAUUCAUUAUGUUGUCAUAAUAUGUUGAUAAAUUUGUUUUAAGUGAAUUUUUAAUUGUGAUAAUAUAACAAAAAGUUUCUGUUGUAGGUAUAAUUUGAUGUAUAUUUUUUCUAUCGCUUAUAAAGAUUCUGUAUGGUUAUAGUGUGAUAUUUUACCAUGCAAGUGUUUGCGAGCUAUUAGGUUGUAAAUGAUCCUUGUACCAAUUCUUUAAUCUUAAGUUAACUAACCGUAACUAUAAGUAGACAAUUAAUUAAAUUUCUAAAAAAAU